AUGGCGGCGCGCGCGCGCGCGCGCGUCGAGAUCGGCGCGCGCGGCGUCGCGCGCGACGGCGCGCGGCGCGCGCGCGCGCGGGCGCGCGCGACGGCGACGCGACGGCGCGACGACGCGACGACGGCGACGGCGACGGCGACGGCGAGACGCGCGCGGGACGCGCGGGACGCGCGCGGGACGCGCGCGAACGCGCGACGGCGCGCGAGAGACGUCAGACGCAUGUUUUUCGGGUCGGGGACGUACGACUCGUUCGACGACGUCGACGGCGGCGCGCGAGGGACGGGGCGGGAGAACGACGACGACGACCCGGAGCGCGCGGCGUUCGAGCUCGCGGAGUGGACGUCGCAGUCGCUGGCGAAGCGCACGAGGGAUUGCUUGAAAUUGGCGGAUUCGAGCGGGAUAUGGACGGUCGGGACGACGGCGCUGGUGUUCGUGAUCGCGGGAUUCGAGUCGUUGGAGGCGGAGGCGGCGACGCGAGGCGUGUCGCUGGAGUACGUGCUGCCGCAAUUCGUGCCGAAGGCGUUCGCGCCGGCGCUGGCGGACGGGGGGAUCGAACGCGCGGAAUCGUGCUUGCAGGCGAUAUUCUUGUUUGAGUACGUCGUGCGGGCGUGGAGCGAGGAGUUUCAGUUGAAGUAUUUGCGCUCGCCGGUGGCGCUCAUCGAUUUUUUGUCGCUGCUGCCGACGUUUGGGUUCAUCUUGAGUUUAGUCGGGAUCGGGGGGGCGGGGCAGGGCGCGACGGAGCAGUUCCGCCCGUUGCGUUUGUUUCGAGCGCUGCGCUUGCUCCGGGUGUUAGAUCUCGACGGAGAGAAGACGCGCGAGACGACGAAGCGGGAGAAGACGCAAAACGAAAAAGUCGUCGCCGUCGCCGUGGAGUUUUUGUGCGUGUUUUUAAUCAGCGGGGAGUUGUUUUAUGAUUUAGAAGUCGACACGAAUCCGAACAUUUCGGACGUAGGCGACGCGAUUUAUUGGAGUUUUUUGACCCUGACGGGCAUCGGACAACCUUUCGAGGCGACGACGGCGCAAGGGCGCGUGGCGACGGUGGUUUCGAUUUUAACCGCCGUCGUCGUCGUCCCGUUGCAGCUCGCGGUUUUAGUGUCCGCGCAAACCGAAGCGCAGGCACGAAUAGGAGAGGGAGGCGCGACAUUGAGUGCGCCUCCGCCGUCGAUGGCAAAAAUUGGACUCGCGGGGCCGCCGAUCGCGCCGAAGAGGAGGUCGCCGCAAGAGGAAGAGGCGAUGUCGACGAUGGCGUCUGACUUCGGUAACGAUUUUUGGAGCGGGACCAUGGACGAAGAUUCGCAGUGGUUGCGCCUUCGAGAGCGCGAAGAGUUGAGAGAUGCGAGAAAGAAGAUCAAAUCUCAGGAGAUCUCCAUCGCAGCGCUGAGGACGGAGAAUAGAAAGCUCCGAAAGGCGUUGGACGAAGCCGAUCUUUUGGCGGGCCUGGACGGUUUGGAGCUCGAAUUAGAGGAAGACGUAGCGUUUUAA